GAGAUUUGAGAGCCGUCCGCGAGUCAGAGCGGAGAGCUGACGGAGUGAGGACGAGAGCGGAGAAAGCGGAAUAAAGUGACGGUUUACAGCCUGAACAGAGCCGUUAACGGGUUUUUUUAAAGCAGCCAUGUCUUCCUGUCGUCUUCUCUGCCUGCUGGCUCUCGCCUUCCUCCAGAGCUCCGUGUCGGCCGAACAGCGGAGGCUCUCUCCAGAAAAUCUGCUGGUGAUCACCGCGGCAACAGAGGAGACAGACGGCUUCAACCGUUUCAUGAGGACGGCCCGAGAGUUCAACUACACAGUGAAGGUCCUGGGUCUGGGGGAGGAGUGGAAGGGGGGUGACGUGGCUCGGACGGUGGGUGGAGGUCAGAAGGUCAGAUGGCUGAAGAGGGAGCUGCUCAAACACUCUGACAAGAAGGACAUGGUCAUCAUGUUCGUCGACAGUUACGACGUGAUCUUCGCGGCGGGUCCGGAGGAGCUGCUGUCCAAGUUUUCUCGUCUGGGCCACAGAGUGGUCUUCUCAGCUGAGGGCUUCUGCUGGCCCGACCAGAGACUGGCCUCCAAAUACCCAGAGGUGCAUUCUGGGAAACGCUACCUCAACUCAGGAGGGUUUAUCGGCUUCGCUUCAGAUCUCAGUACGAUCGUCCAGCAGUGGAAGUACAAAGACCACGACGACGACCAGCUUUUCUACACCAGAAUCUACCUGGACAAGACGCAGAGGACCAAGUUCAACAUGACUCUGGACCAUCGCUCCCGAAUCUUCCAAAACCUGAACGGAGCCGUCGAUGAAGUCGUCUUGAAGUUUGAGAGGGCAAAGGUCAGAGCGAGGAACGUUGCCUACGACACGCUUCCUGUCGUUAUCCACGGCAACGGACCCACCAAGCUGCAGCUGAACUACCUGGGUAACUACGUGCCCAGCGCGUGGACCUUUGAGAGCGGCUGUGGGAUCUGUGACGACGACCUGCUGUUCUUCAACGACACACCUGAUGAGGAGCUGCCUCUGGUGUACGUGGCGGUCUUUAUCGAACACGCGACUCCCUUCAUGGAGGAGUUCUUGGACCGACUGACGACACUCAGCUACCCGACAGCGAGGAUCCGCCUCUUCAUCCACAACAACGUCGUGUACCACGAGCGUCACAUCCAGAGGUUCUGGGAGCGUCACAGAGCUCUGUUCCCCGACGCCCUGCUGGUCGGACCGGAGGAGAACCUGCAGGAGAACAAGGCCAGAAACAUGGCUGUCGAGGCGUGUAAGAAGGAUCCAGGGUGCGAUUACUACUUCAGCAUCGACUCUGACGUGGCCUUGACGAACCCCGACACACUGAGGAUACUGAUCGAGGAAAACAAGUCAGUUAUUGCUCCCAUGUUGUCCAAACACGGGAAGCUGUGGAGUAACUUCUGGGGCGCCCUGAGUCCUGAAGGAUACUACUCCAGAUCCGAAGACUACAUCGAGAUCGUCCAGGGAAAGAGGAUCGGUCUGUGGAACGUCCCGUACAUCACUCAGGCCUACCUGAUCAAAGGCAGCGUGCUGCGGUCCAAACUGUCCCAGGUGAGCCUGUACGUGGACCAGGAGAUGGACCCUGACAUGGUGUUCUGCAGGAGCAUCAGAGACCAGGGAGUCUUCAUGUUUGUGUCGAACCGCGAUGAGUUCGGUCGCCUGGUGGCGUCGUCCAGCUUCAACACGUCCAGGCUGCACCCGGACAUGUGGCAGAUCUUCGACAACCCUGUGGACUGGAAGGAGAAGUACAUCAAUGAGAACUACUCCAAGAUCUUUGAAGAUGAGAAGCGCUUCGUGGAGCAGCCCUGUCCGGACGUCUACUGGUUCCCGGCCUUCUCAGACAAGAUGUGCGAUCACCUGGUGGAGACCAUGGAGCACAACGGUCAGUGGUCUGGAGGAUCCCACAAGGACGAGCGUCUGGCUGGAGGUUAUGAAAACGUCCCAACUGUGGAUAUCCACAUGAACCAGAUCGACUUUGAAAAGGAGUGGCUCAAGUUCCUCAAAGAGUACAUCGUCCCCGUCACCGAAAAACUCUAUCCUGGCUAUUACCCCAAGGCCCAGGCCAUCAUGAACUUUGUGGUGCGUUACCGUCCCGACGAGCAGCCGUCUCUGCGGCCGCAUCACGACUCCUCCACCUUCACCAUCAACAUCGCCCUGAACAGGAAGGGCAUCGACUACGAGGGCGGAGGCUGCCGCUUCCUGCGUUACGACUGUCAGGUGGAGUCUCCCAGGAAGGGCUGGUCCUUCAUGCACCCCGGCCGCCUGACGCACUACCACGAGGGUCUGCCCACCACCAGAGGGACCAGAUACAUCAUGGUGUCCUUCGUAGACCCCUAGCCACGCUGAGAGAGUGUGUGUGCGUGUGUGUGUGUGUGUGUGUGUGUGUGCGUGAACAUUAGUCGACCUCAUCAUCACAGACGGACGGAGGAUUAGACGUGAUGACCUCGAAUGCAAAUUUGUCUUAUUUCUGAUUGGACGAUCCACCUCGCCUCCGUGUGAUGAUCACGUGUCAUUCCAGCGCGUCCUCGUGCUUCCUGCGACCGUCACCUGACAGGGGAUCCCGAAUCGUUGCAGGACUUUUCAGAAUAAGAGUCACUUUAUUUAGCCUUCACUUAGUGACUUCAGACAAGCAAAUGUGCAUUUCAAAAUAAGAGCCUCUUGUGGAUGUUAAAAUGAUUUGUCACCGUGCUGCCUUUACACUCAUUACACUACCUGAAUCUAUGCAAGCAGAACACACUCCACCUGUGUGUGUGUGUGUGUGUGUGUGCGUGUGUGCGUGUGUGUGUGCGUGUGUGUGUGCUGUUACACUCCGUCAAACUGUAAAAACGUAGCUGCAGAUCAAAGUUCUUGAUUCACUGCAGCACUCUUCGCUCCACAGCGCUGAUCCUGCAGCGGGGGGGUGGGGCGCGCUCUCGUCCUGGUUACCACGGUAACCGCAAACCGCAGCGCAGAGCGCCCCCCCCUCGUGGAUUGCGUAAUUUGUAACAUUUCUUUCUUCCAAAGUUGGCAGCACGCUCGAGUUUAAAAUAAAUAACAUCGACCACAGCGCACGCCACUAGCUCGCCGUCUGGGUUGAUGUCGGGGUUACCGUGGCAACCAGCAGCGUAACUGCGCGUCGCUCGUGGAGCGGUUUGAUUCCCCCCAAACGGCGAACGUGAAGUCGAGGAGUAAACGUCUGAACACGGAGUGCUAAGCAAGUGAAACUCCACUUUGAGAUAUUUUAAACAGUUUCUGGGAAAACACUAAAGGCCUUUUUUACAUUUUCAUGUUGUUCGGUUUCUUUAAUGCGUUUAGUUCAUUUCUCUGGAUUUUCUUCUUCUUUUGUGUUUCCAUCAUGUAGUCGUCCAUCGUCGCGGUGUGAAGCCGUCGUUUCCUCUCAGUAUUUAUCUCUUUAUUUAAAGAUGAAAACCCGUCUCGGUGGUCUCGAGUCAGUUUGAGGAACGACCCCCUAAGAACUGGACUUGCGAGGUUUCCACCCGACGCCGCCUGUGGUUCUCUCUCCGCGCGUGCCUGCCGAUACGAGGAGUCAGCGCUCUGGCUUUGUACAAACUGCAUUAAAUUAUUUGUUAAUGACUGAGCGAAUAAAGGUUUGAGAUUUUAAUAAAUCAUGUUUCUGUCACAGCA